AUGGAAGAGAUGGAGUUUGAUUAUGAAGAGGUUGUAAAAGCAACGGAAAACUUCAACCCUAGAAGAAUCAUAGGCAAAGGAAGCCAUGGCAUGGUCUACAAAGGCGUUCUUUUCAACGACAGAUUGCAGGUUGCUGUGAAGAAGCCAUCUCAAGGCCUUGAAUCACUCCACGACAACUCCAAGCUCGAAAACGAAAUCCGAGUUCUAUCUUCUCUACGCGAAAUCCCUCACGUGGUUAAUCUUCUGGGGACAAGUAGCUAUAAUGAUCACAAGAAGCUCAUCGUGAUGGAACUCAUGCCCAAUGGUUCCCUCCAUGACUUGCUCCAUGGCCAUGGCCAUGCCAAUAAAACCACGUGGUCUAUACUCUUUGCAUGUGUAAUGCAAUGUUGA